GACUAGUCUGGGCGUGGUUCUUGCUGACCGGUUUCCGCUCACUCCAGCCCUUAUAGCGAUAUGCUGACAUGAAUUUCUUCCUAGACGCGGAAUUUUCUAGUGAUACCGAGUAACACUUAUGGCACUCCCGAAUCUAUUCGACCACACCCGUACCUUGCCACCUGAAGUACUUAGUCUUGUCUUCGAUGAGACCGACACCGAAGACUUGCCUUCUGUUCUUCGUGCUAGCUCAGCACUUUAUGCCAUCGCGUUCCGCUCCCUGUACCGCGAAAUCUCCAAUUGUAAGACAGGUCAGAAACGCGUGCAGCUUCUCCAAUCGCUUGCUCGCGCUUCCGACCCUGCGUUUCACCCAACGCGCCUUCCAUCUCCUACUCUGGUUGUGCGACUGCUGAGUCUGGACUUUCACUCGAACACUGUCACAGCAAACCUGCUCCGGCUAAUUAACCGCGCCCUCAGAGCCUCCACGAAUUUGCGAGAACUCAUCCUCGAGUUCUCAGCCGCAAAUAACUUUCAGCCUACCUCAUGGUGUCUUUUGGGCACAACGUUCUAUUUGCGGCGACUGUAUACCUCUGUAGGCCUCGACGCCACACUCUUCACCUGGCUCGCACACCCAAAUCAGCGCCUGCUUAUCGAGCUCAAUCUGCGCGGACACCAGAUACCGUCACGCUACUGUGGCAAGGGUGCAGAUUUGUCGCUUCCGCCCGAUGCGCUGCCCGCACUUGCGAGCUUCCGGAGCGUACACCUCGACAGCGCAUGCACCACGAUUUUCCUCGCGGGGCGUCCGGUGCAACACGUUGGGCUCACGCUCUUCCCGCUCUCAGCGCACAGCGCGCUCGACGGCCUCUGUGGUACGAGCGUCCCCGUGCGCCGGUUGACGGUGCUCUGCCUCGAGGAGCACGCCUCCGAAGCCCUCGUCGCCGAGAUUGCCGCGCGCCUGCCAGGCCUGGAGAGCCUGCACGUCGUCGUCCUGAUGACGCCCUACACUUCUGUGAAACUGCACGUACUCGCAUCGGCGCUCACGCGCUUCGUGGCACUGCGGUACAUCACCUUCAUGGCGCCAGACCCACCUGGCGCGGAUGCGUUCACGGUCGAGCGCGAGCGUGCGGUUGUGGUUGCCUGGGCGCGCGCGUGUCCCACUCUCCGCACCGUCAUCCUCCCUAUGGGCCAGGUGUGGUACACUGAGGACGGCGCGUGGCGGUGUUAUGCAGACGGACUGAGUUCGCGGGAGGGCACGCCACGGGCAGCCUAGGAUUUCGGCAUGUUUCGGCGUAGCACGUGGCGCGUGGUGAAUAUCGCUUUUGUCUUUAUAAGCACUACACCAUGAGUGGUAAAGUAA